UCUAUUCUUCGCAGUCUUCGCUUCGCACGCGCGAUCAUAUGGCGAGUAUGCGGAGCGAUGCGGAGUAAUGGGAGAGCGGUGUAGGGGAAGCAGUUAAGAAUAGCAUACACAGACUCGACUGGAUUCGGCUGUAUAAACAUUGCGAUACGGUGAAGACCGGGGAAGGGGGAAGUAGUUCGGGUGGAUGAGCUUGUCAGAAGUCGCGAAUUUUUUGAAAGAGUUUCGAGACCUUGCAAUUCAUGGCGCGACGAUUAUAGAGUGACAAGAAACGCUAAAUCGUAAAUAAUAGUACCGUCUCUUCAUACAUAUCUUCUCAAGGUGAAUGUGACACAAUUACGGCAUACACCGACGCGACGCUCGUCCGUGGUCUGCGAGAGACGUACAGGUAGUCGAGCGAUACCCUGGAUCCACGAAAACCUUUUCCAAACGUACGGCCAAGUACAUCUCAAAUGACAAAUACCAUGGGUGGAGCACACUUAUGUACACCACAAUCCAUCUUACAACAGAUGAUGAAUCCACAAAAUCCGCAACAGCAACAGAUUGGACAAUGGAUGCAAAUGCCACAGGUGCCACCAAUAAGCAUUCCAUGGAGCGUUCCAGGGUUGCAGCAAUCGGAAUUGGUUAGGUUCACCGGAGAAACCAGCUCUGGACCAAUACUUCAUCAAAAGAGAAAAUUAGAAACGUCAGACGUUGUAGAUAUACGUCGAACAAAGCAGUUUAUAACAGAGGAAAAAAUAGCUGCACAUUUCAAAGGUCUGCACAUUAGCUCCAAUUAUGAAUCCGAGAAUCCGGUACCAUCGACUUCCACUGUUCACGCAUCAUCUUCCUGUCACAAGCAACUGGAUAUGGAUCUAGAUGUCGACGUAACGAAUACAAUAAAUGGCGAACAAACGAGCAAGCUACAUCCAAGAUUAGUCCUUUCAGAAGAACUCAAGCGAAUGCAAGAGGAACCGAUUCUACCAUCGACUCUUGUAACUAAAUUAGAGAGGCCCUCUAUGGCUCUGGUCCUUUGGGAACCACCAAAUAGACAUCUUCGUAUCCUGCCAACGAGAGAUACUCCAACACCAAUCCCAAACACAUCCGAUGACAAUAACAAUAAUAAUAAUAACAAUAACGACACUAUUCCCGAUCUAAAUAACGUAUUAUCCAGUGCCACAUCAACAUUUGAACCAAUGGAAUUAUGAGAAUUUCUGGUUAGUACAGCACACUUUAUCUUCAUAUACAUAUAUUGAAAACGAAAAAAAUAUAAAUAUUGUACUCUGAAAUGGAAAAAAGUUUCAAUAAUCUUGCAAAAUGUAAAGUAGAUUAGAAUAAGGGAUAAAAGAUACAUGAUACGUGGUUUCUCUCCUAUUGUAAAAUAAUCAUUUGAAUUGAUAUUA